AUGUUAGAAGACAAAUUAGCUCUAGCUCAAAAAGACGUAUCAGAGAAAAAUUUCGAUUUAAAUAAGUUGAAAAUCGAACCGACGCGCUUAAGGCUGGAAGCCACUCACAAACUAACAUUAGAGGCCGCGGAAGCGGCUUUACUCCACAAAUUUGACUUGCUGAACAAUGGCACUCCCGAGUUUAGUCUUCGUCCUUUUUUGAUUAAAAAGCCAAGUUCAGAAUCAAUAAAAAGUAGUGAUAUUGAUAGCGAGAAGCAGAGUUCUAUAAAUAAUUCGACACAAAAUAUAGAACAGACGAAGUCCGACUCCCAUAUUUCUAUUGGAGAAUAG